GAUAUCAAGGGCCAUGUCGCUGUUGUCACUGGUGGUGCACAGUCAAUGGGCCUCCUUACUUCCAAGGAGCUCGUAAAACUCGGUGCCAAGGUAGUCAUUGGGGAUGUCCUCCCAGUUGGAGCUGAAGAAGUUGCCAAGAUCAACGCCGAAGCUGGAUCUACUGUUGCAGUGUUCCAGACUUGCGAUGUGUGCGACCCCGAUGCACUGCAGGCCCUUAUUGACCGUGCGGUCUCUGAAUUUGGAAGAUUCGACAUUCUAGUCAACAACGCUGGUGUUCUCGACAAGCCCUGGGAGCAGGAUCCGACCGGCGAGUACGCGCGCCGCUGCAUCGACAUUAACGUGCGUGCGUUGAUUGACGGAACUAACCGGGCUCUCCAUCACUGGAGUCAGGAGGAGGGCCGCACUGGCACAGUAGUUAAUCUAGCCUCAUCUGCCGGCUACGCACCGAUAUCGUUUAUGGCGGCCUAUACUGCCUCGAAGGCCGCUGUUAUCAUGUAUACAAAGUCAUUGGCAAGCCUGGCUCCCAAGGUGCGUGUCAAUGCAGUGGCUCCAGUGUGGGUCGAUACAAAGUUCAUCAUGGCC